AUGGCACAGGAGAGUGGCAUAACACUGCAAAGCUACCACAUGGGACCUCUAAGUUCGAAUAGCACACCAGUCGACCUUAUCGAGUCACAACCCACACCUCCAAUCAAUGAUGACUUCUUCCAUUCCAUCUCCACUGCAAUUCCCAGCCUAGCACCUCUUUCCGAGGAGGCACGCGCCGCCACCACAACUGAGCACAAAAUGACUUUUCGGCAGGGGUGUCAUCUCUACCCCAAAGCCAUUGCGUGGUCAGGGCUACUAUCAAUGGCGAUUGUCUUGGAGGCUUAUGGAACAAUUUUGAUCAAUGGCUUUCUUUCGUUUCCGGUCUUUCGGCAGUCCUAUGGUACGCCGACCGGUGGACAAGGCUAUGAAAUUUCUGCUGCGUGGCAGGCUGGCCUUGUUAAUGCAGCUUACGCGGGUCAGAUUUUGGGUUUAAUGUUUAAUGGCGUUCUAACAGAUAGAUUUGGCCAUCAGCGCGUUAUGGUUGGGUGCCUGGUCGUCUUAUCGUUAUUUUUGCUCCUGAUUGUCUUUGCAUCAAAUAUCCAGAUGCUCGUAGCAGGCUACGUUCUGUGCGGAUUACCCUGGGGGGCCCUCCAAACGUUGAGCAUGACAUACGCGGCCGAAGUGUUGCCAGUCGUCUUACGAGCUUACCUGACGUCGAACAUUAACAACUGCUGGCUUCUCGGUCAGCUCGUGGGAGUUGGUAUGAUGCGUAUACUCAUCAGCAACCCGUCGCAAUGGUCAUACCGGAUUCCAAUGGCUCUGCAGUGGGCAUUUUUGAUCCCAAUUUUGAUUGGGAUCCUCUUUGCACCUGAAAGUCCUUGGUGGCUUGUACGUCAUGAGAGGAAUGCGCAAGCGGAAAAGGCCAUUCUUCGGCUAACUUCAGUCGGUCCCGGCAGCAGUAUCGACGUCGACAGGAUACUGGCUAUGUUGCGCCACACUAGCGAGGUAGAAAAAUACCUCAGCGGUGGCGGAGCCUCGUAUCUCAACUGCUUCAAAGGUACUAACCUCCGACGCACUGAAAUUGCCUGUAUGGUCUGGAUCACGCAAUCACUCUGCGGUGCAGCCUUGACUGGUUAUGCAGUAUAUUUCUAUGAACAGGCAGGCAUGUCUACUGCCCAUGCCGUCACGGUUGGGAUUGGAGUUUUCGGAGCGGCAAUAGUCGGAGGCAUUCUCUCCUGGAUUUGGCUGCGCAUAAUUGGCAGACGCACUAUGUACCUGUUGGGUCUGAUCCUUUUAUUCAUUGUUUUGAUGAUUGCAGGCGGAGUGGGUACGUUAAAGGAACGCCAGACCACUUCUUGGGUUCUCGGCUCUUUAAUCAUCUUGCUCACGUUUAUUUAUGACACCACUAUUGGCCCUGCCUGCUACGUCCUCGUGGCCGAGAUACCCUCCUCUCUCCUGCGGAUCAAGACUGUCGUCCUCGCUCGCGUCGCAUAUAGUUUGAGCAGCCUCAUUGUCAAUACUGUCACAACGCGCAUGCUGAACCCAACAGCCUGGAACUGGGGAGGUAAAAGUUGUUUCUUAUUCGCUGGCACUACCGUCUGUUGUUUUAUCUGGGCAUAUUUCCGUCUCCCAGAGCCGAAAGGGCUUACAUACUUAGAGCUAGAUAUUCUAUUCAACAAGAAGGCACCGGCCCGCAAAUUCCGGCAGUUCCGGGCGCAUCUCGAAAGCUCUGGUUAUUUCAGCCUUGCUCGGAUUGAUCGUCCGGACAGCAUUUGGGACCCUCGCUGA